AUGGAAGAACAGCAGCCGGAACCUAAAAGUCAGCGCGACUCAGGCCUCGGCGCGGCGGCGGCGCCGGCACCCGGCGGCCUCAGCCUGAGCCUCAGCCCCGGCGCCAGCGGCAGCAGCGGCAGCGAUGGAGACAGCGUGCCGGGCGCGGGGAGCCCGGGCGCGCAGGGCGCCAAAUACCCGGAGCACGGCAACCCCGCCAUCCUGCUUAUGGGCUCAGCCAACGGCGGGCCCGUGGUCAAAACUGACUCGCAGCAGCCCCUAGUCUGGCCCGCCUGGGUCUACUGCACGCGCUAUUCGGAUCGCCCGUCCUCCGGUCCGCGCACCAGAAAGCUGAAGAAGAAGAAGAACGAGAAGGAGGACAAGCGGCCACGGACGGCGUUCACGGCCGAGCAGCUGCAGAGACUGAAGGCGGAGUUCCAGGCAAACCGCUACAUCACCGAGCAGCGGCGGCAGACCCUGGCCCAGGAGCUCAGCCUCAACGAGUCCCAGAUCAAGAUCUGGUUCCAGAACAAGCGCGCCAAGAUCAAGAAAGCCACCGGCAUCAAGAACGGCCUGGCGCUGCACCUCAUGGCGCAGGGACUGUACAACCACUCCACCACCACGGUCCAGGACAAAGACGAGAGCGAGUAG